AUGGCAAAAAUCAAGGCCAGGGAUCUUCGCGGGAAGAAGAAGGAGGAGCUACUUAAACAGUUAGAUGAUUUAAAGGUAGAACUUUCCCAAUUGAGAGUGGCUAAGAUCACUGGAGGAGCUGCAUCCAAGCUAUCUAAGAUCCGAGUUGUCCGAAAAUCUAUUGCCCGAGUCCUGACUAUCAUCAACCAGACACAGAAAGAGAAACUCAGGAAAUUCUAUAAAGGCAAGAAAUACAACCCCCUGGACCUUCGGCCCAAGAAGACCCGUGCCAUGUGCCUCAGGCUUAAUAAGCACGAGGAAAGCCUGAAGACCAAAAAACAGCAGAGGAAGGAACACCUGUACCCUCUUCAGAAAUUUACUGUUAAAGCAUAA